AUGUCCACCACCAAUUCCAUCCCCGAUUGCUUCCCCCUCUUUCCCUACCUCCCCGGCGAACUCCGAGCCCUCAUCUGGAAGCACGCCGUCGAACCCUACCGCGUCCUACGCAUAACCCUCUACCAAAAGGACUUCCCACCCAACCCGCAACUCCCACCCAGCUCUCAGUUCUUGGGUUCGGCUGUCUACGGUCCGCCCUGGAACGUCAAAGUGGGCUGUACCGAUGCACUCGUCGCAGCUACGAGACGUGUGCGCGAUUUGAUGCUGGUUUCGAGAGAGGCAUAUCGAGAUAUUACAGACUAUAUCCUGCCGGAUCGGAUCCAUGUCACGGUCGAUUGGGACCCUCCCUAUCUGCAGGGGAUGCAUAUGUUCGCGAGCAAAGGCGAGAAGGUAUACAAGAUUCCAUGGAAUAGGAAGACCGAGAGGGUUUAUUUGGAGAUGGUCCAUUUGAAGUGGGAUACCCAUGAGAGUGGGGGGAUGAGGGAAGGAAUGUGGGAAAGGACAAGGGAGGAGAUUCCGAGGGGAAGCGACCUACCUGCGCCGCCGGUGUGGGUUAAUGAGGUCGGGUAUGAGCCGUUUGGUCAAGACCCCGAGUCCAACUCGGAGUCGGAUCCUGAUGAAAGUCGUGAUCCAUCACGGCCAUCAAGGUUUUACGUCCCGCCCGCUGACUCUAUCGCCGCGACCACUGUCCCUGAACCAAACCCCGACUCAGACCAGGAACUACAUAUAGACCCCAGAGUACCAGGCGAGAUCUACAUUCCCCACACCCUCGCUCAUGUCAUCAUUAGGAGACACAUCAGCCUCGCUCCCAUCCUCACUCGCCUCGCCCCCGUCGCAUACAGAUCCCUCAUCCCGCUCGUUCUGCUUUGCAAGAUCCUCCGCGUCACCAACAUAACCAUCAUCGCCGACUCCAUCCUCUACAGUAACCUUCCUGCUGGCCCCAGCCCAGCAUGGGUAGAUGAACACAAAGUGCUUCACGAACCGAGGAUAGCGGAGUUAAGCAGGUUAAGCACUGCCUUGGCGGAUCUUUUAGACUCAGAAACAUCAACAACCCAAACCCAGCUCCAAACCCAAUCCCAAACCCAAACCCGGCACGAAGUCCUAGCCCACGAACUCCGCGCCAUGUCCCUCUCACCCGCAGACUUGCGCAGGAUCCGCUUCUUCCGCCUUCGCGAUCCAAAUCCACCGCCAGCCCAAGACAGUCGCCGAAACGCGCGGGAAACACAACGGGUAAGAGGAGGAGGAAGGGGAGAAUGGGGAACCGGUCGUCCUGGAACUUCCAAUUGGGCAGGGGCACGGAAUGAGGGAGAUCAAAAUCGUGGGCAUGAGAUGAGUAGAAGGGAGGGACAGUAUGGUGGGUUUGGAAGUAGGAGGGGGUGGUGGGCAUACCCUGGAGAAGGACGGGGACGGCUUUGGGGGCCUGGGGGUAUGGGGUCAGGAGUAGGAGUGGGAUACGGAUAUGCGGGGCCGGUUGGUUUGGAUUUGGAGUUGGGGACAGGGCAGGGGACGGUUAGGGAGGUGGUGGCGGGGGGGGUGGGGUGGGAAAGUUUGGGCGCGAUGGGUGCAAUGGGCAGCGGGAGGGUGCUUGAUGCGUCGCCGCCGGUAACGUCGAUGGGGAGAUCUUGGGGUUCGGGGUCUGGAUUGGGAUCGGGGUUUUCCGGGUUUGAGCGGCCGUGA